AUGGCGUACCGUACUCGUCAGAGUGAUCCCAGCGACACAUCCAGUGAUGAAGAAGGCCCAUCCAUCUGCAAAUCACAGAGAAUGGAUGAGCCGAUGGAGGGCCAACGGCUUGGCAGCAAAGCAGCGCAAAUGUGGACGGAUUUCUUAACCGAGCGAAGUUUACUGGAAUCGUUUUCGGGUUCAGUAGAGGUCUGUCCUGAUGGAAGCAGAAAAGUGGAACGUGGCGUGGAAAGCUAUGCGCUUCCAGAAAAACGUGCUGAUUUUGAAGAAAAAGAUAGGGUAAUGCUUUGA